AAUUAAACAGGAGGUAGCUACAUAAAGUAGUCCUAACAUUUGGUCACUAAAAUCUGCCACAGAUACACUGAGAAUGAACACGCGGCUGUUUUUCGAAGGCACGUGAAAUUGAUUUUAACGGUUAUUUUUUUUUUAAAAAAAAAAAAACUGUAACUGAACUACUGCAGAGCUACUAUCUGAACAGAAACCCUGGAGAGCUUAUCAUGACCGAUUCACCUUCCCCCACUGAGCUUCAGCAGAAUAGCGACGAAGACAUGCUGGAGUUGAACAAGGAGUUAGAGAGAAUGAUUGAAGACGCUGAAAAUAUAUCAGUGCAGCUGGCCUGGAUGGCGUAUGACAUGGUAGUGUUGCGGGUGAGCCCAGGGCUGCAGGACAGCAUGCAGAAACUACAAGACGCCUAUCUCAGAUGCAGGCUUACUGUUUUUGGAGAACAUGGCCAGGAGCAGGAGAUGGACAGGUGUCCGGAUCCGGCCCCAUGUCCAGAUCCCACACCAAAGACAGAUAUGUGAUGAUGAGUUGACUUAUCUAUGACUGCACGCUGAAUACCAAAUGGAGAUUUGCUUGUUGAAAACGAUGUUUUACGAAGUGAUAAGCAGAGUUUAAUUGAACACUACAAAUUACUAAGCAGAAGCAGAUAUUUAGAUGUGUCUACCAGUAAAAUUUCAGAUUGUAAUCAUUUGAUGGAAGUUUGUUUUGAAAAUAAGCCAUGUGUCGUAUGCUGAAAGAAGUUGCGAUCUCUGUUUUGCCUGUUGAGUGGAAUAAAUUUUACAAAUGUAAAUACCUUUAGUCUCUUGUAUACUCAGACUUGCAUAUCACAACCAGUCCCAUAAAAAAUACACUUAUAUACUAUUUUGUUAAAAUCUGGUUUGAAUUUGUCACAAUAAACACAUUAACAUGCUGAAUUUCUCUCAUUCCUUCUCUGUUAAAUUGUCCGUUCAUUUAGUGAU